GAGGACGUGCCGGUAGGGCGAGAGGAACCGAGGAGCUGAGACAGCGCCGCGCCCCCGGGCGCUCCCCGCCGCCGCCGGGCCCCUGGCCCCCCGGCCCCGCAUCGGUGCCGCGAUGGACCCCUGCUCUUCGCUCUUCAGCUACGUGUUAAUGCACUUGUUCGUCCUCUGCCUGCAAGCCCAGGUAACUGUUCAGUCCCCACCUAAUUUUACACAGCAUGUGAGGGAGCAGAGCCUGGUGACAGAUCAGCUCAGCCGACGGCUUGUCCGUACCUACCAGCUGUACAGCAGGACCAGCGGGAAACAUGUGCAGAUCUUGGACAACAAGAAAAUCAAUGCGAUGGCAGAGGAUGGGGAUGUGCACGCCAAGCUCAUCGUGGAGACAGACACCUUUGGGAGCCGUGUGCGUAUCAAGGGGGCAGCCACGGGUUUCUACAUCUGCAUGAACAAGAAGGGGAAGCUGAUUGGCAAGAGCAACGGCAAAGGCAAGGACUGCGUCUUCACGGAGAUCGUGCUGGAGAACAACUACACGGCGCUGCAGAACGCCAAGUACGAGGGCUGGUACAUGGCCUUCACCCGCAAGGGCCGCCCGCGCAAGGGCUCCAAGACCCGGCAGCACCAGCGGGAGGUGCAUUUCAUGAAGAGGCUUCCCAAGGGCCACCAGACCACCGAGCCCCACAGACGCUUUGAGUUCCUCAACUACCCCUUCAACCGGAGAAGUAAAAGGACUAGAAACUCCAGCUCCAGAGCAGGCCCUUGAUGUGCCUGCCCCUGCCCCCUCUGCCUGCAUCUCCUGGAGGAUGCUCCUCUGAGCUUGGUGGACUAUAUGUAGAGACUUUCCCAUAUGGGUAUUAAAACAAAACAAAAAAAAAAAGGGAGGGGGGAGGAUAAAAAUAAAUUACCUGCUCUAGUUGUUGGUACUUUGGGGAGGGUGUUUGGUUUUUA